AACCGGCUUUAGACAAUUUGAAGAAACAGGCAAAGCUAUCCUUUUUACUAGUGUUUUGAAACGACACCGUAUUUGGUUCGGAAACACCGAGGGCCUCUCGUUCUAGAGAGAGAAAAAAAAUCUUAUCUCUGUGAUGAUGUUUACACGGCAAUGACAGAACAAAGAUCUUUCUUUUUCUCUCUGUGUCAGGAACUUACCUCUUUGAAGUUAUAAUAAUAAUAUUCAAGUGAAGCUCGUCAAGGUGAAACAGAGUUUCUCUGAAUCGAAGUAGCGACUCGUGUUUUUGAUUCCAUGGCUUUGACUUCGUGCCUAAAGACUGGAGUAGUUCCGAUGUCUCCAACCACCGGGUUGUAUCUUUCCGGCAGCCUCUUGAAGUCGGACAGUGGCUUCGCCGUCCCGACGAAGUUACAGAGCGUUCGAAAAAGUGAUAGAGAGAGGUUGAAAAUCCAAGCCGUGUUCAGCUUUCCUCCGGCGUUCCUAACAAGAAACGGUCGAGCAGAGAAGCAGAAGCAGCUGAAGCAAGACCUUCUGGAAGCCAUUGAGCCUCUCGAACGUGGCGCCACCGCUUCUCCUGAUGACCAGCUUCGUAUUGAUCAGUUGGCGCGUAAAGUGGAAGCAGUGAAUCCAACCAAGGAGCCUCUGAAAUCCGAUUUGCUCAAUGGGAAAUGGGAGCUCAUUUACACAACCUCUGCUUCUAUUCUCCAGGCUAAGAAACCAAAGUUCUUGAGAUCAAUAACAAACUACCAGUCUAUCAAUGUGGAUACCCUCAAGGUUCAAAACAUGGAGACUUGGCCUUUCUUCAACUCGGUAACUGGAGACAUAAGACCCCUCAAUUCAAGGAAGGUCGCUGUGCAGCUCAAAGUGUUUAAAAUUCUCGGCCUUAUUCCUGUAAAUGCACCUGAAACCGCACGUGGUGAACUAGAGAUUACUUAUGUGGACGAGGAACUACGGUUGUCAAGGGGUGACAAGGGCAACUUGUUUAUAUUGAAGAUGUUUGAUCCCACUUACCGAAUCCCUCUCUGAAGCCAAAUGGUUCCAAGCCCAUCAUACAUACAUACAUACAUACCCCCAUCGCUUGUUCUGUCUCUCUUCAUCAUCAUAUGUAUAGAAGAAUGUUUCUUCUUCUACAAACAUAAAAUCUAAAUAAGAUCAAAACAAGAGUCUCAAAUUUUAA